AUGAAGGGGAAGAAGUUGGCUCUGGGCCUGGCGCAUCUUGUAAGUUCGCAAGUCCGCGUACAACCUCUUCACACGUUGGCUGACAAUCGCCUGCAGAUUGGCCCGCACAAAGCAGAUGAUCGUGUACCCUCGUCGAACUCGAAAGAGAGCCCACCGCCUUCGCCAUAUCCCGGGCGUCGAGCUCCUCUGUCGUCAAAGGUCGAAUCCGAUCUGCGUCUAGCCUGCGCUGGUGUUCUGGUCAACACUAAGCCCUCGCAUCAAUAUGUCGCACCCGAUGCUCACUCUACUGCGCUUCAAGAACCCAAGCAAGCACUUGACUACGACGCCAUUAAGAGAUCUGCAUCCACGCGCAAGUCGCAAGACUCUCGUCCUUUCCCACCUCGUACCGACUCGGCCGACGACAAACACCCUCUGAAAUAUGCAUACCGUCCAGACGCUGCCAUCGAUCAGCUCUUCUUAAAAUCAGACACAACCGUUGAUCCUGCCCAGUCCAUCCUCGGCAGAUCUAAGUAUGACACGCCAAUGGGCAGCCGUGCGAAGACACCGGUGCCCAACAGUGUUCUUUCUCCCAGCAGUGAUGCCGCUACACGUCCUCGUGCCGUCAAACGCUCCCUCUCAGGCGAGACCAAUGGUUCCACUCCAAUCACGGAUGCGACAGAGUAUCAUUGGAGUACCUCUACAGCACCUACCUCGGCCGCUAUCACACCUGCACGUACCUCCAAGAGAGCGUCCUCGCACAUACCUGUCGAGCAAGAGCUGGCCAUGAAAACCGACGCUGCCGGCGCUAUUGAGUGGAUGCGUGCCGAACUUGAACGCCGUCGUCUAAAACAAGAUGCUGGAGACGCAGAACAACAACAAGCUGCACUUCCGCCGUUAUCUCGUGCUCCUAGUAGGUCACGAAGCAUUAGAAGCAUCCGAAGUCUUCGCGACAACAUCAAAGAAUACAUUCGUCCAUCCAGCUCUGGAGGUCCCAAUGGAGAGAACAGCAGAGCACCUAGCAGGUCUGCUUCACGUGGUUCAAUGCGGCGCUCUGAUUCAAGAAACCAGGAUUCAGACAUGCGUGGUGGUUGGAGGAGCUGGGGACGUACUCUGAAGAAGGAGCACGCUCAGACCGACGUAAGCAGAUCAAAUUCGAGGAGAGGGAGAGGCGAGAGCCCCGAACUUCCAAACUCGAAAAAGUCUGAGAUCAAUUUGAACCGCGAGCUACCUCCGCUUCCCAGUCUGGAUCAGUGGAAGGAAGAGCUACUCGCUCCUCCGGCACGACCUGCACCUCAAGCACCCGUACCCACUCAUCGCCCUGCCCAUUCUGAGCACAGUAGAAACACCAAAUCGGUCGACAGUGCGAUGAGCGAAAAAGAUGAAAUCAUCGCAGCCCGUCUUGGUUCGCCAGUCAAAGAAAAGCCAGAGGUCUACAUGCCUACACGCUCCCCUCGUCAAGCUGCAGCUACCAAGAUGCCAAAUCUUGCAGCCGCUUAUACUAGUGACAAUCUUACACCCGGUUCCCUUCCACGCAGCAAGUCCGCACGUCGGGACCGUACUCCAGAACCUACGUUGUCAACUGUGCGUACUAUCUCUUCACAUCAAGGAGGCGACUCUACAGGCACACGAGGGCGAUCACCAAGCAAUCCGGCAUUCUACAUUGCGUCUACCGGGUUCUCUGAGCACCGCAAUUACGACAGCUCAAACAUUCCUACCCCUCUCGGUAGCAUCAGCAGCACCUCUACGAAGAACAGAUCGACAAACAGACCAGCUACCUCGAGCAGCAAGCAUGAUCACAAACGCCGCCACAAGCAGGAAGGCAUUAUAGUUCGAUCACCUCCACCAGUACCCCCAAAAGAGACUAGCGACAAGAAGGCAUGGUGGAACAUCAAAUCCAAGACCAAGAAACCUGCAACUUGGAUGGAUCAACUCGAAAAGAUGGGUGGAGUCAAGAAUGGUAUUCUAAUCCCUGAUGAGGCUUGCGACGCACCUCACAUCCGCUACUAA